CACGCGGGUUGGGUGUGCAUAGUGGUGUCCAAUCACUCCGGCGCCUGCGGCUCAGUCAGGUGUGCAAGCGCGGAAAGCACCCCGGGAGAUUAUGGCGAGCUGGUGGCGUGCGUUUCCACGCGCAGCACGGCGCUAUCCGUGGCCCACCAACGUGCUGCUAUACGCCGGUCUCUUUUCAGCGGGUGAUGCGCUGCAGCAGCGGCUGCGGGGAGGCCCGGCAGACUGGCGCCAGACGCGGCGCGUGGCCACUCUGGCCAUAACCUUCCACGGCAACUUCAACUACGUGUGGCUGCGCCUUCUGGAGCGCGCGCUGCCAGGCCGCGCGCCGCGCACGGUCCUGGCCAAGGUGCUGUGCGAUCAGACUGUCGGUGGGCCGAUUGCCCUCUCUGCCUUCUAUGUCGGUAUGAGCAUUCUCCAGGGAAAGGAUGACAUAGUUUUGGACCUGAAGCAGAAAUUCUGGAAUACAUAUAAGAGUGGUCUGAUGUACUGGCCUUUUGUGCAGCUGACCAACUUCAGCCUUAUCCCUGUGCACUGGAGAACAGCUUAUACGGGACUGUGUGGUUUCCUCUGGGCCACCUUCCUCUGCUUUUCUCAGCAGAGCGGUGAUGGCACAGUAAAGUCCAUGUUCAUCUUCUUUUGCAGGAAAGAGGUGGGUGACAGGCCUGCAGAGAAGUGAGGAGUCCAGGCUCCCUUCCAGUCUCAGUUAUGUUUCUCUAUCGCUCUCAAUCACCUGCAGCAGGCCUGCUUCACUGUGCAGUCACUAUAGGCUCCAUAGGCCCAAUUGUUUCAAAAUGAUUGUUUUAACUGUUAUCCAAACCCUUCCUAUUUAUUUCCCUGAUGUUUUCACAUCUCUAAUGCUUUGGUUAAAAUUACAACAGUGACAGGUGACAUUUUAGAGUUAUUAACAUUUUUAUUCUAAUAUAAGGCCAGUUGCAUUAAAAAAAUCCUCUAGUUUUGAUUGUAAAUAUUUCUAGCCUAAACUCUCAGGCAAUUUCCUACACUCUUUGGGAUCAAAUUGCCUUUUGUCCAUAUAGUAAGCUUCUAUCUAUAUAGAAUUCAGUCAAGAAGAUUGAAUAACCAGCCUCCUCAGAUACUCAAUGAUAAUUUAUUAUUACACCAACAAUAAAAUUCUGUAAGCAGAUGUUUUUAUCUUCAAAAAGGAAUAAUGUUGGAUAUAUUCUAUAUAUAAUAUUUUAUUGUUGCUGUCUACUUGUUUUCUUUCUAAG